UAAAAACAAGCGUAGACAUGAAGCCUCUGUUAACUAAGCAGAAUAGAAAAGAACCACCCUGUACACUGUGUUUUCCUGCUUUUGGGUUGCUUCGAUUGCAGCUUUGUCCAUAUGGACACAAAUCGCACACUAAUUGCUUUCGAAACCUUCCUAUCCUUCCUACUGUUAUUGUUGCUCCUCGCUUUCCUUUCCGUAGCAGAUGUUAUUUAUUAUCGUCCCCAUGACCACUUCAGCAUCAUCUGUGGCUCAUCCACCAACUUGUCCAUGGUCGUUGGUCGGAAUUGGACUGCAGACAGCAACACGAAAUUCCUCUCUGAAAACCACGACUCAGUUGUUGCUUCUGCACGAUCUACCCAACCGGGUCCAUACACCUCAGCUCGUCUCUCUCACUCCAAUUUCACUUACUCAUUCCCUGUCACUCCGGGCCCAAAGUUCCUUCGCCUCUUCUUCUACUCAACUUCAUACCUCAACUUUGAUCGCCCCAAAGCCUAUUUCUCAGUCAAAGCAGGGGAGUUCACUCUCCUUCAAGAUUUCAAUGUUUCUCUCAAUGCUGAUGCUGCUGACGACCCCGACGACACCUUGUUCAGAGAGUAUUGCAUCAACGUGGAAGAUGGCGAGAGGCUCAACAUAACCUUCAUUCCAAGCACCACAGAGUCGUACGCUUUCAUCAAUGGAAUCGAGAUUGUUUCCAUGCCCCCUUAUCUCUACUACACUAAUCCCAACGUGGACAACGCUGAAUUGCCGCAACCUGUUGGAGAAGGAGCAUCAUAUACUAUUCAAAACAACUGUGCUCUAGAGACAAUGUACCGGUUAAGAGUUGGUGACCAAGAAAUCCCCCCCUCACAAGACACGGGUAUGCUCAGGACCUGGGAGGUGGAUAAUAAGUACCUAACUAGUCAAAGUGGACCAUCUCUUGAUAUUGCGCAUGAUAUUAAGCUGAGGUUCACUAAAAUGACUCCAAACUACACAGCACCAGACCAAGUGUACCGAAGCUUAAGAAAUAUGGGACCGGAUAACUAUACGAACAUGAGGUUCAACCUCACAUGGCAGCUUCCCGUUGAAUCUGGCUUCACAUACUUGCUAAGGUUACACUUUUGCCAGCUCGAUCCGGAGAUUAACCAUCCUGGUGACCUGAGCUUUUACAUCUACAUUCAGGAUCAUUUGGUUGAAGAGUGGGCAGACGUUCUCUCUUGGAGCGGUAAACAGAAGGGUGUACCAGUGGUUAGAGACUAUGAAGUUUUCAUCUCAACGAAUAUGGGAAGCACAUAUAAUCUUUCAAUCAAAAUGCAUCCGAACCCUGCAAGCUUGGCCAAGGACGCAUCUCUAAAUGGAAUUGAACUCUUCAAAAUCAACGACUCGACAGGUAAUCUAUCUGGACCGAAUCCUGACCCUCCUCUACAAAACCCCACCGUUCCCCUUCCAACCCCAGUGAAGAAAAGCAACGGCACCACAAGAACCCUUGCCACUGUCGCAGGUGCUGUAUCAGGUGUCGUUUUGCUCUCCUUUAUUGUCGCUUUCUUCCUCAUCAAACGCAUGAAGAACGUCGCCGUCGACGAGGGUUCCAAGCAAAAAGACGGAACUUCUCGCGGUGGUGGGUCAUCAUCGCUACCAACCAACCUUUGCCGCCACUUUUCAAUCGCAGAAAUCAUAGCCGCCACCAAUAACUUCGACGAACUCUUCGUGGUUGGCGUGGGAGGCUUCGGCAACGUGUACAAAGGAUACAUCGACGACUGUUCAACACCUGUCGCAGUCAAAAGGCUCAAACCGGGUUCUCAGCAAGGUGUGCAGGAGUUCAUGAACGAGAUCGAAAUGCUCUCUCAACUUCGUCAUCUCCAUGUGGUUUCCCUGAUCGGUUACUGUUACGAGAGCAACGAGAUGAUACUCGUUUACGAUUUCAUGGAUCGUGGUACCCUCCGUGACCAUCUCUACAACACCGAUAAUCCUUCUCUGUCGUGGAAGCAAAGGCUCCAGAUCUGCAUAGGUGCCGCACGAGGACUGCAUUACCUGCAUACAGGUGCGAAGCAAAUGAUCAUCCACCGUGACGUGAAGAGCACCAACAUCUUAUUGGAUGAAAAAUGGGUCGCCAAGGUUUCGGACUUCGGGUUAUCGAGAAUUGGGCCCACGGGUAUUUCAAUGACCCAUGUGAGCACUCAGGUGAAGGGUAGUAUUGGAUAUUUAGACCCGGAGUACUACAAACGACAUCGUUUGACGGAGAAGUCUGACGUCUACUCCUUUGGGGUGGUGCUCUUGGAGGUAUUGUCUGGGAGGCAACCUUUGCUCCGUACGGUGGAGAAGCAGCAGAUGUCACUCGUUGAUUGGGCCAAGCAUCGCUUUCAGAAGGGUUCUCUGGGUGAGAUUGUCGAUCCGGCACUGAAAGGCCAGAUAACACCCGAGUGUUUGCGCAAGUUUGGUGAGAUUGCCGUGAGUUGUUUGCAUGAGGAUGGGACUCAGCGACCUUCCAUGAACGACGUCGUUGGGGUGCUCGAGUUUGUUCUGCAGCUUCAUGAUAGUGCUGUGAAUGGAGUUAUGGUGGGUGGUGGAGAUUAUGAAGAUAGUGAAGACAUGUUUAGCAGUAGUCAUAGUAGUGUACAUGUUUCGGAUUAUAGUAACAGCACUGGAUUGAACACUACAAGCAGUGGUAGCUAUGGGAGUAAGGAAUCUGACAAGUUGAUCCCCGAGAAUGUUUUCUCGGAGAUUAAGGAUCCAAAGGGACGAUGAGGUUGGUGUUCUAGUUCAGGUUGAGUUUGGUGUUCAAGAUAAGUAAAAUGGUCAGAAUGUUAUGUAAAAUUUGAAAUUUAGAAUUACUGGAGUUAUCUAUGUAAAAAUUUAUAAGUGCUUUAAAUUUUUAAAAAUGUAUAAAUAUUUAGAAGUGGAUAUUAUAGGAAGAUAUUGGGAAUAAAGUUUGAGUUCCUUUUAAGUCAAA